UUGAUCAUUUAGUGAGUUUCUUAAUAUACUUUAUGGAUUUUAAGAUGAAAAGCUUUGUGUUAUAUUCAAAUAUCUGGUGUCUUUGAGCAAUAUCAUACAGUUCAGCAGUUAGCAGUUCCUCAUGUUUUGAUUUGGAAAGGCGUAUAUCCAUUGGAAUAAUAGAGUCAAUGAAUUUGAGUGAGUAUAAGGGCUACACAAAGUGGUAUAAUGAUGCCCCUAGUCGCAAUUGGAUCACAAUUCUAGGAAAUGUCUAAGUGCUGCAAAUACGAGAAGUAGAAAAGACAUAGAUAUCCAGAUGAAUAACAUGAUAUUCGACGAGCAUUAAGGUGUCUGCUAUUGGGAAAACAUCUAGCACAUCUAAUCGAUGAUAUCAUCUCUUGUAUAAUGACUGCCAUCUUGGGAAAGUUCAUGGGAAGGGGAAUAGACAUAGCUAGUAACACAGCUAAAUUCGCCUACAAUCAGAUUAUACAGAGUGAUGAACAAGAACAGGAGCAGCAACCUUUGGCCGAAAAUAGCAGCGUACAUUAUGGUUCUUUCGAUGCAGCCUCAGCAUCAGCGAGUAGGACAGAUACUAUCAAAGCUAAUAAUAAUAAAGUAGCUCACUCGAAUGUGCAUACUGAUGAAGCACCCAGUGGAUCUGCAAAUGACGUAGACUUUUCUCAUAGACCUGCUAUAGCAAUAGAUGAGUCUGAGGAACUCAUGAAUGUUAAAUAUAGCACUUUACUUUGGUUACAUGCCGUGACACCCGCAACGCUGAUCAUACAUUUUACCAUAAUAAUCACACUAAUAUUGAAAGAGUUCCCAAAAUCAGAGGAUCCGUUCUCUCUCAAAAUCCAUUUUAAUGUUAUUUACAUUGCUAUCGCUUCCUGGGUCCUUGCAAACGCAUUAAAGCAGCCUAUCUUCCGGUUAAUCAAUGACAUCAUCCCUUCAAACACGUCGAAAGACUUGGUUAAUGUCCUUGUUACCAUCGCACAUACCUUGUUGCAAGAUUUGAUUAGAUGGCAGUCACUCCUCAUCGCUGUACCAGCAUUGAAAGAAGUUAAGGGUGAUCAUAAUGACCAGUCUUUUACAAGCCUAUCGUGGUUCAUUGUGGGAUGGCUAGGAGUCUUGCUAGGUGUAUCCACUUACCAGCAAUUUAUUAAUCUUAGUUUAUAUAAGGAUUUUCUACCCACUGAUAAGACUUUAUUGCCUAUGACGAGCGAUCUCAGUGAUUACAGCACUGAAACAGCAUCGACGUCUAGUCAAGAUCAGACUAAUUUGGGUUCUCAAUUGACUUUACUUGAAAACAUACGCGACCGUCGCACUUUAAGCGACUUAUAUGGUCAACCAUUUCCCAAUAUUCCGUUACCUGGCUUAUUAUUUCCUUUGUGGAGAUUGGAUACGUUACUUUUAAGUAGUGGUAUCAUGCUGAUUCUGGGUGCAUAUCCGAUAUGGUCAAGCUACUUUUUUGUGACCUUAAUCAACUUAUCAAUUAGUUUAAUGUGGCAGUUGUUGCUACCUAAACUUGGAUUAGGUGGAUUAACUUGGAUUAGUUUCAUGUUCGCGACAAUCACUUUCUUCGUAGGUCUCAACCAAUUUGGAAUAGUGUAGUUUUAGCACACUUCAAAUGUUAAUUUUCAUUGUUGUAAUACUAUGUAAUAAUUUACAAUGCUCUUUUGC